AUGUCUCAGGGCUCUUUUUUUAGCCUGUGGUCAGCUGUGUUCAGACAGCACCAGCUGAGGAGACACCAGCUGAGGAGGCACCAGCUGAGGAGGCACCAGCUGAGGAGACACCAGCUGAGGAGGCACCAGCUGAGGAGGCACCAGCUGAGGAGACACCAGCUGAGGAGGCACCAGCUGAGGAGGCACCAGCUGAGGAGACACCAGCUGAGGAGGCACCAGCUGAGGAGGCACCAGCUGAGGAGGCACCAGCUGAGGAGACACCAGCUGAGGAGGCCGCAAUAUAUGGUCUGA